UUGGCGCGGCCAUCUUGGAAGGGGAGCGGCUGUGGGCGCGGCCAUCUUAAGCAUAAAACCGGCCCCCGACGCUGUAACGAGCCGAGCUCCGCCUCUCGGCUCCUUAGCGUUCCGGGGCUCCGCUACUGCCCUCCCGCAUCCUCCCCUAAAUCCACCUUCUUGGUCUGUUUUCUUUCCCACUUGCCUUCAUUUCACGUUUGUCUGUGUAUGCCCUCGGCAAUCUCUGAGUGUCUGUUGUACGUUAACUCUUCCACUGGGGACGCUCUCGCGCGCCCGCCUUUACCCUCCGACCUCCGCCAAUGUUUAUCCAGCUUUGACUGGCCCUGUCCCUGGAUAUGGCAAACCUAUUGCCUCAUGAUCCUCUCCCCCAAGAACGCUAACACAGAAACUGUCCUCUGAGGCUCUGGAUGACUUUAUUCUUCAAAUGGUUUUCCCCUUCCAAUAGUUCCAGGGACCCUCCAUUCCCCACAUCCAGGAAAAUGUGAUGCGCUACAGGUAUCAGCUUCUAGAUCACCACUUCACAUUCUAGCCACAAGUUAGGAGUGGAAGAUCCAGCGGCAGCAGAGGCACGUCAUCAGGAAGAUGUCUAAAGAAAUGGCAGACCAAAGAGAAGGAGAAGCUGGGGAAAAAGAGGUGUGCGGAGAACAAAUCAAAGGACCGGACAAAGAGGAGGAACCACCAGCUGCCUCAUCCCAUGGCCAGGGUUGGCGUCCAUGUGGCAGAGCAGCUAGGAACUCAAGACCUGAACCUGGGGCCAGACCCGCUGCUCUCCCGGCCAUGGUCAAUGACCCACCAGUACCUGCCUUACUGUGGGCCCAGGAAGUGGGCCACGUCUUGGCAGGCCGUGCCCGGAGACUGCUGCUGCAGUUUGGGGUACUCUUCUGCACCAUCCUCCUUCUGCUCUGGGUGUCUGUCUUCCUCUAUGGCUCCUUCUACUAUUCCUACAUGCCGACAGUUAGCCACCUCAGCCCUGUGCAUUUCUACUACAGGACCGACUGUGAUUCCUCCACCACCUCACUCUGCUCCUUCCCUGUUGCAAAUGUCUCACUGGCUAAGGGUGGACGUGAUCGGGUGCUGAUGUAUGGACAGCCGUAUCGCAUUACCUUAGAGCUGGAGCUGCCAGAGUCCCCUGUGAAUCAAGAUUUGGGCAUGUUCUUGGUCACUGUUUCAUGCUACACCCGAGGUGGCCGAAUCAUCUCUACUUCUUCACGCUCGGUGAUGUUGCAUUACCGCUCAGACCUGCUCCAGAUGCUUGACACGCUGGUUUUCUCUAGCCUCUUGCUGUUUGGCUUUGCAGAGCAGAAGCAGCUCCUGGAGGUGGAGCUCUAUGCAGACUAUAGAGAGAACUCGUACGUGCCGACCACCGGAGCGAUUAUCGAGAUCCACAGCAAGCGCAUCCAGAUGUACGGAGCCUACCUCCGCAUCCACGCGCACUUCACCGGGCUCAGAUACCUGCUGUACAACUUCCCGAUGACCUGCGCCUUCAUAGGUGUCGCCAGCAACUUCACCUUCCUCAGCGUCAUCGUGGUCUUCAGCUACAUGCAGUGGGUGUGGGGGGGCAUCUGGCCCCGACAGCGCUUCUCUUUGCAGGUUAACAUCCGAAAAAGGGACAAUUCCCGAAAGGAAGGUCAGCGAAGGAUCUCUACCCAUCAGUCAGGGCCUGAAAGCCAGGAGGAAUCAACCCAGCUAUCAGAUAUCACAGAGGAUGGUGAGAGCCCUGAAGAUCCCUCAGGGACAGAGGGUCAGCUGUCUGAGGAGGAGAAACCAGAUCAGCAGCCCCUGAGUGGGGAGGAGGAGCUGGAGCCCGAGGCCAGUGAUGGUUCGGGCUCCUGGGAAGAUGCAGCUCUGCUGACGGAGGCCAACCUGCCUACUCCUGCCUCUGCCUCUGCCCCUGCCCUUGCCCCGGAGACCCUGGGCAGCUCCGAACCCUCUGUGGGUGCUGUCCGACAGCGCUCCACCUGCUCUAGUUCCUGAAGAAAAGGGCAGAUUCUUCACAUUCCAGCACUUUCCCACCUGACCCUUCUCCCCUUGUUUUUCCCUCAAUAAACUAUUUUCGUGCCAGCU